AUGUCGAAUAAGGCAGAUUUACAACGUAAAUUAAAAGAAAUUGGUUAUGAAAUUGGACCUUUUGCAUCAAAAGAUACAUUAUCAAAUAUAAUACGUCUUCAUUCAUUGGCUGUGCAAAAUAAAGGUGUCGAUGUUGCAAAAUUAAGUGAUCUUAAUCUUCGUAAGAGUCUAACUGAACAUGGUCUUGCUGUUGGACCUGUAACAAAUCAUACUCGAUCAAUUUAUCAACGUAAAUUACUUGAAAUAUUAACAAAUGAAACAAGUGAAGGAAAAGAAGAUGAAUUCGAAACAGAAAUAUCAAUAUCAACAACACCACCACGUACUACACGCAGUUCAAUAGCUCGAACUGCAGAUAAUGAUAUAACAUCAUCACCUGGACGUUUAUAUACACAAAAUGUACAAGAACCACGUAUAGCAUUAACUCGUGUUGAUUUUGAGGAGAAAAAGAAACAUAAUUUAUCAUCUUAUUAUCCAAAUGUAUCAAGUACAAAACCAAAAUCUGAACAAUCAAUAACACAUUCAUAUUCACCACAACGUUCAUCAAUAAAAACGGAAUCACAUCAUAGUACAAUGUCAUAUGGUUUAAGAAAUCCAUAUGAUUUUCAAAACGAUGAACCAACUAUAAUUCGACAUGAACAUAAAGCAACACCAUUUCGUACAACAAAUAUUUCAUCAGAUGAAACAUUUCCUAUGAAUACAAAUCGUUAUACAAAACAAUCGGAUAUACAAACAACAACACGAAAUGAUUUAAAUGAAAUUCGUUCACGAAUUUUUACAAAUACAAAUGAAGAAAAAGAAAGUCAAAUUAGAAAAGAUUUAACACCAAAAAAAAGCACAUUUAUUAAUCAAUUGGAAAAUAAAAAAUUAUCAAAUAAUAAUGAAAAACUUGAUGUUCCUGUCAAAAGUAGUGGAACAUUUCUUUAUAGUGGUAUUACAAUUGCUGUUGCAUUAAUCGUCUUUGUACUUUAUCUGUGGCUUGAAAAGUGA